AUGGCAGUAAAUCCAGAAAACGUCCCAAAACUAAACUACCUUGGCGUUAUCAAAGUCCACACCCAAAACUCAAUCUCGCCUCAACCUUCACAACCUACAGAUGAGCAGAAUAAGCUGACCAGAUCUCUGGAAGAACAAAUUAUCGACCAAAUCGACUGCGCUCAAAUAUCAGGCAAGUAUAAUAUAAAAUUAAAACGUUUUGUUAGAUAAAAUAUACUUUUUAAAUGACUAGAUACUACUACACUAUUCAAAAGCUAUCAAGAAAAAUAAUAUUUAAUAUAUUAUUGUAGAGUUUCAGGCGAUUUACCCCGAAAAGACAACGAAAAAUCGAUUUUGAUUGGCCUGCAAACCUCGCCGUUGGGAAUAAAAUUGACAAACCUCGAAACCAACUUGUGUGUUCAACGAAUUGCCAUGCACAAAUUAAUACAAUGCAUUUGCUUCGAUGCUGAUCACGAUAACCGCAUUAAUCUAGUGAUUCUAGAACAACUUAACGAAGCCGACCAUGGUCUAGCUCACCUUCUACAAACAAGUAACGACUCUUGCGCCAAUCAAAUCUGUCAAGAAAUUGGAGAAGCUUUUUAUAAAUUGGAGGAAGAAGCUCGCGCACGCUCACAGGCCGAACGCCAGCGCAGAGAAGCCGCCAAGAAGGAACGUGAACGAAUAAAACGCCAGAAAAGUACAGAAUCCGCCAACAAAGUGUAG